AUGAUUCUUUCACCAGGAGUAGAAGUUUUACACACAGUCAAGUCCCCAGUCAUAAAUCCAGUUGAUCAUUUUGAGCGAUCGAUAGACCUGAAAAGACGGCUUGCGGUCGCCCAGCCGCCAAAGGGAUUCGGUGCAGACUAUUUAAUAUUUCGCUUCUUGCCAAGAGAGCACAAACUACGCGAAUGGUGCGUUGAGUUAAUUGCCCACAAGUACUUUGAUCGAUUUAUCAUUGCUGCUAUUGUGGCAAAUUCGAUCAUACUCGGACUAUCCGACUUUUCUGUCGUCGACACUGAAUUAAACCCAGCAAGUUCGGGGAAAACGUACAUUAAUGGAAAACUUAUCGACGCUUACUCGCUACAGAAUCAUAUUGUCGAAUUUUCCGAACUUCCGUUUACCAUCAUAUUUACAGGAGAGUGCGUACUUAAAAUUAUUGCCAUGGGAAUAUAUGGCAAGGGUUCAUACGGGCAGGAUAUGUGGAACGUCCUCGACUUUUUCGUCGUUGUUUCUAGCCUUGUAGCUUCGCUGCCAGGAAUGCCGAAUGUUUCAGCCAUUCGAACUAUCCGAGUACUUCGUCCACUACGAUCCCUAUCGGUUAUUCCUGGAAUGAGACGACUUAUUGCUGCAUUGCUGAAAGCAUUGCCUGCACUUGGUAAUGUUGUCAUUCUACAGAUUUUCGUCUUUUUCAUCUUUGGUAUUCUCGGAAUUCAACUUUUUGGUGGCAGUAUGAACCGUCGAUGUCGCUUAACCACGUUUCCCGUAAAGCUACCUCUUAACGAAAUGAACGAAACGAUUUGGCCGAUUCCUCAGGGAUACCUCGACCAAGUGACGGCGAACGAAGAAAAUUAUUUAUGCAUAGAUGCUCCCCUUCUUGACUACGAAGAUAGUGUGGGACAUUAUACAAAGGAAACUUCACCUUGGAGUACUGCACAACCGUGCUUUUGGCCUGUAGAUGAGCAAGACGAAUUUCUUUGCGCAGCAACAGGCCAAGCCGGUAAUCAUGCGUGCAAAAUUGGAAAAUUUUGUGGCUCGGACUGGGAUGCAUUUGGGAAUCCUCGAUUUAGCAACCGUAAGGCGAUGGAUUAUGCACUUUACCGUCCAAGUCUUGAUUGGGGUCUUACGACUUUUGAUAAUAUUGGACGAGCUUUCUUCACUAUUUUUCAGUCUAUCACACAAGAAGGCUGGACAGCCAUUAUGUACAUGGUAAUGGAUUCAUCACAACCGACUAUUGGAGCGAUAUUUUUCGUGGGGCUCAUUAUAUUUGCUUCUUUUUUCGUAAUGAAUUUGACGCUUGCUGUCAUUUCCGAAGAGUUUAAUCUCGAUCAGAAACCUGGGAAAACUUCUACUCAGAAGCGGGAAGAAGAGCGAAGGGCAAAGCUUGAUAGAGACAAUGCCGAGAGACUUGCAAAGGAGCACUGGCUGAAUGCAGUUGUAUCGCACAAGCUCUUUGCUGGAUUUAUUAUGGCCGUUAUUCUUGCCAAUACUGCCGUAUUAGCAUUAGAUCAUUAUCCGAUGCCAACCGAAAUGGAUGAAGAUCUCGAGAUUGUUAACUUUGCGCUUUCAUGUGUCUUUGUUUUGGAAAUGGUCAUGAAACUCUUUGGACUUGGACUACGUCAAUAUUCCCGCGAUCGUUUUAAUUUGUUCGACGCAUUUAUCGUGACGAUGGGUAUUCUUGAGACUGUUGCUUCCCCACCUUCGUUUAUGUCUAAUAACCCUCCUAAGAAAGGAGCUGUGUCGGCAUUGCGGUCCUUUCGGUUAUUCCGAGUUUUUAAACUUGCUCGAGACUGGAAAUCGCUUCGGGAGCUUUUGGAGAUGAUAUUCCGAGCUGUAGCAAGUAUCACAAAUUUCGGCGUCCUUCUUUUUCUUUUUAUCUACAUCUAUGCUUUAAUUGGCGUACAGUUCUUCGGCAACACUAUGCGAUUUGAUAAUGAGGGUUACUCAACUCCUUUUAAUUUGGACGAGUUCUGGGAUGGGACUGUUCCGCGAAAUAACUUUGACACGCUGCUUUGGGCUGCUGUCACAGUGUUUCAGAUAAUCACGGGCGAGAACUGGAACGGCAUCAUGUAUUUUGCUAUUCUGGGCAAUGGCAUGCUCUCAUGCAUUUACUUUAUUUCAUUGGUGAUUUUAGGUGACUUUGUAUUGAUGAAUCUGUUCCUAGCUCUCUUACUUGACAACUUUGGAGAUAACGAUGAAGAGCAAGAAAGGCAAAAACAAGAAGAAACCAAAAGGUUGGCUGAAAAGAUGUCAGUGAUGAGCAUGAGCUCAAGAGUAACUCCAAUUUCGUCCGAAAGCGAACAAAUUUUGACAAGUAGAGGAAGUUUUUUAAUGCUUUCCACAACCCAUGCGAUUGGAGCCCGGCGGCAAUCAAUUAUGGAGGUAGAUGAAGAUGAAGACGAAGAGGAUGUUCGCGCUGUUAAUUUGGAGAAAUUUGCCGAUGAAAUUACACCAAGUGUACCGUUGGCUAAAACAAUAUACAUUGAGCCUACAAGUCGUUUGAGUUCUCUUAGUGGCUCAACGGACCUUGCACCGAUCGGAAGCUUUCGCAGAGCUUCAUUGCGAGACAUGUUGACCACCACUACUCGAAGUAGUUUAGCUGCCAGUUCACGAACAAGUAUUGUGUCUGACAUAAUGCCGGAUAGAGAUCAAGAAGUCAGUGGGGAAGUAGAAGACCGAGACGAGACAGUCAAUCAAGCGGUAGAAGCUAGUUCUGGGAAAUCGUUAUUUUUAUUUGCAGACACAUCAAAAGUACGGCGAGUGGCCUGCUACUUAUCGACCCAUCGAUACUUCGACUCGACGGUAUUUGGUUUGAUUGUGCUUUCAUCCAUUGCUUUAGCGGUCGACAAUCCACUCGCGAAUCCAGAGUCUGCUCUUGCUACAUUCUUAAAGGGGCUGGACAAGGCGUUAGCCAUCAUUUUCGCGAUUGAAAUGGUCAUAAAAAUUGUUGCAAUGGGUCUAGUCAUGCAUAAAGGAGCUUAUCUUCGGAAUGGGUGGAAUAUUAUUGAUGGAGUUAUUGUCGUCUCCUCUCUCAUCAUGCUCGUCGCAGAGUCAUCAGGAAAAGGGGCAAAUCUCAAGUCUUUGCGGUCACUUCGUGGACUACGAACUUUUCGUCCAUUGAGAAUGAUAAGCCGUAGACCUGGAUUAAAGUUGGUUGUGAACGCUUUGUUCGAAGCUAUACCAGAGGUGAUCAAUGUCCUGUUCGUAUGUAUGCUCUUCUUUCUCAUAUUUAGCAUUGUGGCCGUGAAUUACCUGAAAGGAACGUUUAAUGCCUGUAGUGGAGACGUCUUUGAUGCACUUUCGGAGGCUCAAUUGAGUUUUCUUGUUACUCCAAAAGCGUGGAAAGUAUCUUCAGACCUCGAACGAAGCUGGUUCCAUGGCACAGAUUGUCAAGCAACUUUCCCGCUCACCAUUGGUGCAGAUCUGACAUCGGAAUAUGUUUGCAAGUGCUGGGGGGCUAACUGGGAGAAAGUCUUGCCUCAAAAUUUUGACAAUGUUGGCUCCGCAAUGCUAACAUUCUUUGAAAUUUCGACAACGGAAGGCUGGGCAGAUGUUAUGAUGGCAGCAAUUGAUUCUAACGGCAUUGGCAUGCAGCCUAUACGGGACAAUAACAUGAUCUGGGCAUUGUUCUUUGUGCUUUUCAUAAUGGUCGGCAGCUUCUUCGUUGUAAACCUCUUUGUAGGUGUCAUCAUUGACAACUUUAAUCGCAUGAAAGCUGCAUUAGGUGGGGAUUUUAUGCUCACACCGGAACAGAAAAAGUGGAUUGAGGCCCAAAAAGCUGCGUCUCGCGUCGGUCCCGUGCGUAUAUUAAAGCCCCCGAAAGAAUAUUUUCGACGGCACUUAUUCAAUUUAGUUACAAUGCAGCGCUUUGAAUGGUUCAUUAUGAUCUGUAUCAUUGUCAACACUGUUUUAAUGGCGGCACAAUACUUUGGCGAAUCAACCAUACAAGGUUACGUCAUUAAUAUUCUUAAUGAAAUCUUUGCAGUAGUAUUCACAUUAGAGGCCGUGAUGAAGCUUACCGCUUUUGGUUGGGAAUAUUUCGAAGACCGGUGGAAUCAAUUUGACUUUUUUGUCGUGCUUGGAACACUUUUGAGUGUCGUUGUGGAAUCGCUUACUGGAGCCUCGGUUCGAUCCCUUGCAAUGCUCGUCCGCGUCUUUCGAGUGACCAGAAUUCUUCGUCUUGUCAAAGCAUCUAAAAGUAUUCGACAAAUUUUAUUAACAUUGUAUAUCGCACUUCCUGGACUCAGUAAUAUUACGUCGAUCUUGUUUCUUAUGUUGUUUAUCUACGCGACAAUGGGAGUUCAAAUAUUCGCCAAAGUUGCUUUGACCGACAAUAUUGAUGAACACGCUAAUUUCCAAGACUUUGGUAGAGGAUUUCUCUUUUUAUUGCGUGCAGCAACUGGCGAAGCAUGGAACAGUUGUAUGCAUGACUUGGCGUCUUACUCUCCAGGAUGUGUAGAUGAUCCUCCCUAUGACCCAAAUAUGUGCGGAUUUCAUGAUUUUGAAGGCUGUAUACCGCUGAAUGGAUGCGGCAAUCCGAUUGCGUAUGGUUUUUUCUGUACGUUUACCUUACUGGUGACCUACGUUAUGCUCAAUCUCACGAUCGCUGUGAUUCUUGAGGGUUUCUCGCUUUCUCACGAAGAUGAAGAACCUUUAUUUGAACCCGAACUUCUUGACGAGUUUCAGACGAAAUGGGCAGACAUUGAUCCCAAAGCGACUGGAUUUGUCAAAGUUGACAAGCUUUUGCUACUGAUCAAUCUGCUUAAGCCUCCACUUGGAAAGUUCGGCAUGCCUUUCGAUAUGGCUCAUUUCUUCAAAUACAUGUGCCUUUUGGAGGUGCCUUUAUAUGAUGGCGAGUUUGUUUACUUUCGAGACGUAUUACUAGCAAUGACGCGGGAGAUGGUCAAGGUUAACUCCGACUCUGAUAUGCCUGACCAAGAUUCAAGUAUUAUUGGGGUUGUUGGAGCUAAACGGCGUAUCGAAUUUUUUGCCCAUCAAUACUUUGGUGCCCGACGCAUUCAACGACGAGUUGCAGAAUGGCUUUACACCAAGCGCCAGCUUGAGAGGAGGUAUAUGGAAGAAUACAAAACCAAGAUCAAAAAGCCUAGCGGACGGCCCAAACGGCAGCGUGAUGCGCGUGUAUUUACUGUCGGAUAG